AUGAAACUGGUUCUGUAUUACAUGAUAGUGUUGGGGUCCAGCUAUGUGAUUUCAACUUACGGGCCCCAUCAGAGAGCACAGAUGACUGGUGAUAUUUUGCUUGGAGGUCUCUUCCCCAUACACUUUGGAGUUGCAUCCAAAGACCAAGACCUCGCAGCCAGGCCUGAAUCCACACAGUGCGUCAGAUUCAAUUUCCGCGGUUUCCGUUGGCUCCAGGCCAUGAUUUUUGCAAUUGAUGAGAUAAACAACAGCAGUACUCUCCUGCCCAACAUCACCCUGGGGUACAGGAUCUUUGACACAUGCAACACAGUGUCAAAAGCCCUGGAAGCUACGCUUAGUUUUGUGGCCCAAAAUAAGAUCGACUCCUUGAAUUUAGAUGAAUUUUGUAACUGUACUGAUCACAUCCCAGCUACCAUCGCAGUAGUAGGAGCAGCUGGAUCUGCAGUCUCCACAGCAGUCGCAAACCUACUGGGUCUUUUUUAUAUUCCUCAGAUCAGCUAUGCCUCCUCUAGUCGCCUCCUGAGCAACAAGAAUCAGUACAAGUCCUUCAUGAGAACCAUUCCUACAGAUGAGUACCAGGCCACAGCCAUGGCAGACAUCAUCGAGUACUUCCAGUGGAACUGGGUCAUCGCUGUGGCCUCAGAUGACGACUAUGGACGUCCAGGAAUUGAAAAGUUUGAGAAGGAGAUGGAGGAGAGAGACAUCUGCAUUCAUUUGAAUGAGCUUAUUUCUCAGUACUUUGAGGAUCAUGAAAUCCAAGCACUGGCUGACAGGAUCGAGAACUCCACAGCUAAAGUCAUUGUUGUGUUUGCCAGCGGUCCAGAUAUCGAGCCUUUGAUCAAAGAGAUGGUGAGAAGAAACAUCACAGAUCGUAUCUGGUUAGCCAGUGAAGCUUGGGCUAGCUCCUCUCUUAUUGCUAAACCCGAGUAUCUUGAUGUUGUGGCAGGGACGAUUGGCUUUGCCCUAAAGGCAGGGCAUAUUACAGGCUUUAGAGAGUUCCUACAGCAAGUCCAACCAAGGAAAGACAGUCACAAUGAAUUUGUCAGGGAGUUUUGGGAAGAAACCUUCAACUGUUAUCUGGAGGACAGUCCGAGACAGCAGGAAAGUGAGAAUGGAAGCACUAGUUUCAGGCCUUUGUGUACUGGCGAGGAAGACAUCUCAAGUGUUGAGACCCCGUACCUGGACUACACACACCUUCGCAUCUCCUAUAAUGUGUAUGUCGCAGUUCAUUCCAUUGCACAGGCCCUGCAGGACAUAUUCACCUGCACACCUGGACACGGACUCUUUGCCAAUAAUUCCUGUGCAGAUAUAAAGAAAAUGGAGGCAUGGCAGGUCUUGAAACAGCUCAGACAUUUGAACUACACCAACAGUAUGGGAGAAAAGAUGCACUUUGAUGAGAAUGCAGACCUGGCAGCAAACUACACCAUUAUAAACUGGCACAGGUCUGCAGAGGAUGGCUCUGUGGUGUUUGAGGAGGUUGGAUACUACAACAUGCACAUCAAGAGAGGAGCCAAACUGUUCAUUGACAAGACAAAGAUUUUGUGGAAUGGAUACGGCUCUGAGGUUCCAUUUUCUAAUUGCAGUGAGGACUGUGAACCUGGUACAAGAAAGGGGAUCAUAGACAGUAUGCCCACGUGCUGCUUUGAAUGCACUGAGUGCUCAGAUGGAGAGUACAGUAAUCAUAAAGAUGCCAGUGUUUGUACCAAGUGUCCAAAUAACUCUUGGUCUAAUGGAAACCACACGUUCUGCUUCCUGAAGGAAAUUGAGUUUCUCUCCUGGACAGAACCUUUUGGGAUAGCUUUGGCCAUAUGUGCAGUAUUGGGUGUUGUCUUAACAGCCUUUGUGAUGGGAGUCUAUGUCAGAUUUCGAAACACGCCAAUAGUGAAGGCGACAAACCGAGAACUGUCAUAUGUCCUUCUGUUCUCCCUUAUCUGUUGCUUCUCCAGCUCCCUCGUCUUCAUUGGAGAGCCACAGGAUUGGACAUGCCGUUUACGCCAGCCUGCCUUUGGGAUCAGUUUUGUUCUCUGUAUCUCCUGCAUCCUGGUGAAAACUAACAGAGUACUUUUGGUAUUUGAAGCCAAGAUCCCCACAAGUCUCCAUCGCAAAUGGUGGGGAUUAAACCUGCAGUUUCUGUUGGUGUUUCUGUGCACGUUUGUCCAGGUCAUGAUAUGUGUGGUCUGGCUUUACAAUGCUCCUCCCUCCAGCUACAGGAAUCACGACAUUGACGAAAUCAUUUUUAUCACCUGCAAUGAGGGAUCAGUGAUGGCUCUUGGGUUUCUCAUUGGCUACACAUGCCUCCUUGCAGCUAUAUGUUUCUUCUUUGCAUUUAAAUCACGGAAACUCCCAGAGAAUUUUACAGAGGCCAAGUUCAUCACUUUCAGCAUGCUCAUAUUCUUUAUCGUUUGGAUCUCUUUUAUCCCUGCGUACUUUAGUACUUAUGGCAAGUUUGUUUCAGCUGUGGAAGUCAUUGCUAUACUGGCAUCCAGCUUUGGGAUGCUGGCCUGUAUCUUCUUCAACAAAGUCUACAUCAUCCUCUUCAAGCCCUCCAGGAACACCAUCGAGGAAGUGCGAUGCAGCACCGCAGCCCACGCUUUCAAAGUGGCAGCCAAAGCUACACUGAAACAUAACACAGCUGUGAGAAAAAAGUCCGGCAGUAUCGGCGGAUCAUCUGCCUCAACUCCAUCCUCAUCCAUCAGCCUCAAGACCAACGGCAAUGACUGCGACACGACUUCAGGAAAACAUAAGCCAAGGGUGAGCUUUGGCAGUGGAACAGUUACUCUGUCCCUGAGCUUUGAGGAGUCAAGGAGGAGCUCUCUUAUGUGA